CAUCCUAUCUAUCUAUCCAUUUUCUAUCUCUCUCCCCCUAGAUACCAGAUAACACCGCCAUGUCUAACCUUCCUCACGAGCCCGAGUUCGAACAGGCCUACAACGAGCUUGUCUCGACCCUUGAGAACUCCUCUCUCUUCGAAAAGAACCCCGAUUACCGCAAGGCUCUCGCCAUUGUCUCCAUCCCCGAGCGUAUCAUCCAGUUCCGUGUCGUGUGGGAGGAUGACAACCACCAGCCCCAGAUCAACCGUGGCUACCGUGUGCAAUUCAACUCGGCUCUCGGCCCCUACAAGGGUGGUCUCCGUUUCCACCCUACCGUCAACCUCUCCAUCCUCAAGUUCCUGGGUUUCGAGCAGAUUUUCAAGAAUGCUCUCACCGGUCUGAGCAUGGGUGGUGGUAAGGGUGGUUCCGACUUUGAUCCCAAGAACAAGUCCGACAACGAAAUCCGCCGCUUCUGUGUUGCCUUCAUGACCGAACUUUCCAAGCACAUUGGCGCCGACACUGACGUUCCCGCUGGUGACAUUGGUGUUACCGGCCGUGAGGUUGGUUUCCUGUUCGGACAAUACCGGAAGAUUCGCAACCAGUGGGAAGGUGUCCUCACCGGCAAGGGCGGCAGCUGGGGUGGUUCUCUGAUCCGCCCCGAGGCCACUGGUUACGGUGUCGUUUACUACGUUGAGCACAUGAUUAAAUACGUCUCGAACGGCAAGGAGUCCUUCGCCGACAAGCGUGUUGCCCUCUCCGGAUCCGGUAACGUUGCUCAGUACGCCGCUCUCAAGAUCAUCGAGCUUGGCGGUUCCGUGGCUUCGCUUUCCGACUCCCAGGGUUCGCUCGUCCUCACCGAGCAGGAGGGUACCUUCACUCCCGAGGAGAUCAACCUCAUUGCCGACCUCAAGGUCGAGCGCAAGCAGCUCUCUUCCAUCGCCACCAGCGACAAGUUCUCCAAGAAGUUCAAGUACAUCCCCGGUGCCCGCCCCUGGACCCACGUCGGAAAGGUCGACGUUGCCCUCCCCUCCGCUACCCAGAACGAAGUCUCCGGCGAGGAGGCUCAGGCCCUCAUCGCUGUCGGCACCAAGUUCAUCGCCGAGGGUUCCAACAUGGGUUGCACCCAGGAGGCCAUCGACGUUUUCGAGGCUCACCGUAACGCCAACAAGGGCGCCCAGGCCAUCUGGUACGCCCCCGGUAAGGCCGCCAACGCCGGUGGUGUCGCCGUCUCUGGUCUCGAGAUGGCCCAGAACUCCGCCCGCCUCAGCUGGACCAGCGAGGAGGUCGACGCCCGUCUCAAGGACAUCAUGGCCGCGUGCUUCCAGAACGGUCUUGAGACCGCCAAGGAGUACUGCACUCCCGCCGAGGGCAACCUGCCUUCGCUCGUCGCCGGUUCCAACAUUGCUGGUUUCAGCAAGGUCGCUGCUGCCAUGCACGACCAGGGUGACUGGUGGUAAACUGAUACCACUUAUGAUACCAUUUGAUUUUUAUAUGAGUUUAUGCAUUGUGUUUUUAUUCAGCGGGCUGUACAUAGAGGCGUCGGAUUAGCACUGGUUUGGUUUGGUUAUGUAUAGGUUGAUCAUGGAUAAUGAAUCAUGAUAAAAGUAUUAAAUUCUCU